AUGGGGGUUGUCGCCACAGCAGGGUUUCGCUACUCACCGCUGUUUCGCUGGGAAAGGCCAUAUCACAAAGAUUAUCCAGCAGACACCAUACUUUCCUACCGUACGCAACUGCAGGAUACUAUCAAAAGCAAUGAUUUCAUAGUCAUUGUGGCCGAGGACGAGUACCAGCCUGAUGAGAAUGAGAAGACCGAGGCCACUAUCCCCUCAGAUGAUGCUUGGAAGGCACCUACUGCCGGUGAGAAGGUCGUUGUCGGUGUUGCAAGCAUCAAACUGGAGCCUGGUUCCAAGCGCAAGGGCGAGUACAAGGACAAUCAAGGGACAUUCGGAUACCCUAGCCCGUGGACUGUCCCAGCACUAAUACAUCAAGCAGGUGAAUACCCAACACUCCCUGAGAAUGAAGGAAGGGACCUCAACUGCAAGCACUAUGAAUCCUGGGGCACCUUGGUGGGCAAGAUACGCGAGGAACGUUGCAGCGGUGAUGCCAUCAUGAGCAUGCUCGUGGUGCAUCCAGCGUAUUGGCGACGUGGGUAUGGGACCAAGAUGGGUCAGUGGGCUGUUGAACUGAGCAAGGCUGACGAUGUAAAGCAAUGCGUCAGCGCGGCUGGGAUGGGAUACCAGAUAUAUUCGAAGCUUGGCUACAAAGACGUCUGCAAGAUAGAGGCGAGCGGUGAUGAAGAUGACCCAGAGGGCAUCUUCACUAAUCUCAUGGAACCCACCGAGGAAUCAAAAGAUUCAGUUCUUCUUUGCGUGAUUGCCAUCUUCGUCCAUGGCAUUCUAGACUACCUUAUCCCUUAG